GUAGGUAGAUUACUGCUUGAUACGGAGUGAUGUUAAAUGUGACCACCUAAAUCCGUCAACAUGCAUUAACGCCGUUACUUCUACCCCCACUGAUCAACUCCCACUCUUUGCUCCACUCAGUUCAUUUCACUACUCUAUUAUCCACACUUGUAUAGCUUCUUCUUCCUCAUCCAUGUCUACUAUGGAUUCCAUCAUUCAUAUCAACUACGUUUCAUUAAUUUUAGUGUUUUUGAUCAGCACGGUAAUGGCAACUUCUAUCGGCAUUAACUACGGUCAGAUUGCCGAUAAUCUCCCGCCUCCGGAGAAAGUAGUUCCAUUAGUGAAGUCCAUGGGAGCAACCAGAGUGAAACUCUACGACGCCGAUCCACAUGUCCUCAAAGCAUUUGCAAAUUCUGGUGUUGAGUUUAUUGUCAGUCUCGGCAAUGAGUACCUUUCCGAUAUGAAGGAUCCUGCUAAAGCUCAGGCGUGGGUUAAAACUAACGUCCAAGCUUAUUUACCGGCGACGAAGAUCACUUGCAUCGCCGUUGGAAAUGAAGUGCUAACUUUUAACAACACUGCACUUUCCGACAAUCUACUACCGGCGAUGGAAAAUGUUUACGCCGCUCUUGUUAGUAUGAACUUAGAUAAGCAAGUGAGUGUAACUACUGCACAUUCAGUUGCCAUUCUCGAGACUUCCUACCCGCCGUCCUCCGGAGCUUUCCGUCGAGAUCUUGUUAGCUGUAUUACUCAGGUGGUGGAUUUCCAUUGUAAAACUGGUUCGCCGUUUUUAAUCAAUGCUUAUCCUUAUUUUGCGUACAAGGCAGAUCCAAAGCAGGUGCAGCUGGAUUUCGUGCUGUUUCAGCCUAAUCAGGGGAUUGUUGAUCCAGUUACCAAUCUUCAUUACGAUAACAUGCUUUUCGCCCAAAUCGAUGCGGUUCACUCUGCUUUAGCUUCAAUUGGCUACAAAAAUGUCUGCGUUCAGAUCUCGGAGACAGGUUGGCCGUCGAAAGGAGACGCCGAUGAGCUCGGAGCUACGCCAGAUAAUGCGAGGAAAUAUAAUUGCAAUCUUAUUAAACUUGUGAGUCAAAAGAAGGGAACUCCGUUGAAGCCUAACAGCAAUUUGAACAUAUACGUCUUUGCUUUGUUUAACGAGAACUUGAAACCUGGCCCUAUGUCGGAGCGUAACUAUGGUCUUUUCAAGCCGGACGGCACACCGUCGUAUCCCUUAGGAUUCGCCGGUGUCAGCACUAAUAGCAGCUCCGGUAGAAGUCCGGCAACUGGCAGCGGUUCUACAACACCGACGUCGUGGUCACCGCAGGACGGAAGUUCCUCUCCCGGAUAUAUGUCCAUUACUUCUAAUUCGGGGAGAGGUCUAUUUUGCUGGAAAUCCUGGAUUAUGCAACUCCACAUCAUAGUGGGUUCAAUUUUACUGCUAUUUUCUCAACUGUAAACUCCAUUAUUGGACUUGCUGGGAAGUUCCGCCAUUGUUGAGUACUGUUGUAAAAGCUAAUUUGGGCGUUUCCGCCAUAGCUAGUUGCCGUUUUAUUCUUUGAUUAUAGUCUUAUUCUUUUGUUUAACGAAUAAUCGGCGGCUUGAUUUGCUCUGCUGAUGAGAUUCGUCGGUACGCCGGAAAGUCCAAAAGAUGACAGCUGCUCCUCGCUUUCCUCGCUGGCUUGAUGAUGUACUUAUUUUCUUCAUGAUAAGAUUAGAUCAAGUUGUAAUUUGGUAACAAUAAUUUUGUAUAUUUAUCUAUUGCUACAUUAAUUUGUACAAUUGUACUCCAUGUAUUAUUAUAGCUUCAUUCAUCAAUGGCAUCUUUUCUUGUUUCAUUAAAA